AUGUCUACCUUCGCCUUCCUCUUAUUGUGCAUCCAAGCUUGCCUAAUCCGGAACGUAUUUGGACAGUUCCCAAAUGCUCUUAGUUAUGCUCCACCUUUAGGCUAUAACAACUACGCCAAUAGUGGUGCCUUCGUUGAUAUUGAUGCUAACACCUUUGCCGGCGCUGGCGCUGGUUAUGGCUACGGUGGUUUUCCUGGUAGCUUCGGAUACAGUGGCAGCGACAUCGAUAUCAACGCUGGUAGCUUUGCCAACGCUGGUUACGGCUAUGGCGGUUAUCCACUUGGUUACGGAUAUAGUGGUAGCGGCGCUGCAAUUGAUGUAGACUUGAAUAACUUCGCUGGUGCUGGUUAUGGUUAUGGUGGUUUUCCUGGGAACUUUGGAUACAGUGGAAGUGAUAUUGACAUCAAUGCUGCUAGCUUUGCCAACGCUGGUUACGGCUAUGGUGGUUAUCCGCUUGGUUACGGAUACAGUGGUAGCGGCGCUGCAAUUGAUGUCGACUUAAAUAAUUUCGCCGGUGCUGGUUAUGGUUAUGGUGGUUUUCCGGGGAGCUUUGGAUACAGUGGAAGCGAUAUUGACAUCAGUGCUGCUAGCUUUGCCAACGCUGGUUACGGCUAUGGUGGUUAUCCACUUGGUUUCGGAAACAGUGGUAGCAGCGCCGGAAUCGAUGUUGACAUAAAUAACUUUGCCGGGGCUGGUUUAGGUUACGGCGGUGUUCCUUAUGGCAUUGGAUACGGUGGAAUCGAUAUUGACGCGUUUGCCAGUGCUGGUGCUGGUGCCGGUCUCGGGUACGGGGUGGCUCCUAUCGGUGUAGCGCCAAUUGGCAUUGGGUAUGGCUCUAGCAACAUUGGAAUUGAACUCGAUACUCUGAACAUCGGUACCGCCGGUUUCGGUCUCAAUGGUCUCAGUAAUGCUGGCAUCGGACUCGCCGGUGUUGGGCCAGUGACAGUAGGAGUACCUAAUGUGGCGGUAGGAGUACCCAAUGUGGCGGUAGGAGUACCUAAUGUGGCGGCUACUUCAUUUGUACCUGUCACCGGCCCAUUUACGGCUACCGGUCAGGGUGAGCUCAUUGUUGGAGGCAAAAUGAACGUUGGUGGCAACGCUGUAGUUGGUGGACAGAUCCCAGUAAUCGGCGGUGUUAGUUUAACAGGUAAAAUACCGGCCAGUGGCCUCGUCUCUAUCGCUGGUAACUGUGGCUGCUCUGCUGUGCCUAUAUAA